UUACUUGUUUUAGUUGUGCAAUCUUGUUAUAUGGUGAGCUUGGCUUACUGUCUCCCAACAACCAUUGCAGUCUCAAAUUCAAAGCAAUGAGUUACAACCAUCACCAUGUGUCUCAUCAGCCAUCAGGGGACUCAUCUCCAUAUCCUCCACCAGGCUUCCCUCCGCCGCCACCAUCAGUUGUAUAUAAUCACACUCAUCAUUCGGCCGCGCCGCCCGGCUAUCAAGGUUACUCUUACGAAGGGUACCCUUCACCUUCACCUGGUCUGCCGCCUCCACCGCUGCCUCCUCGGAAUAAUUACAAUUAUCACAAUGGUUGCACUUCCUUCUUAACCGGGUGCUUGGCUACUCUUUGUUGCUGCUGCUUGUUGGAGGACUGCAUCUUUUAACCAUCAUCUGUCUUAAUCA